AUGGCCCACACUCAGCCGUCACCCACCGGGGCUGUCACCCCUCACCAUGCCCACAUCGUGGCUCAUGCCCAGGUCAAUGGCCACAUUCCCCUGCAAUCGCAGGGUCAAAAGGGCCCGCCACUGAACACCGCGCAGAAAAUCGCCGCGCUCAAUGAACAGGUUUGGCUUCAAAUCGGUGGUUUGACGGAAUUGAUGGGCGACCUCGAAGGCGCCAUGAACGCGUAUGAACAGGCACUGCGCCAUAACCAGUGGUCCAUUCCUGCGAUGAACGCCAUCUCGUGUAUUUUGCGAACGAAAGAACAGUUCGCCAAGGCAGUCGAAUAUCUCCAAAAUAUCUUGAAAUUGGAUUCGGCGAGCGGGGAAACCUGGGGCAGCUUGGGCCACUGUCAUCUGAUGAUGGACAAUCUGCAAGAAGCGUAUACCUCCUACCAACAAGCCCUGUACCACCUUCGAGAUCCUAAGGAGCCAAAACUCUGGUAUGGAAUUGGGAUUCUCUAUGACCGGUACGGUUCUCUCGAUCAUGCCGAGGAGGCUUUCUCCCAGGUUAUGCGUAUGGCCCCGGACUUCGAAAAGGCCAACGAAAUUUACUUCCGCUUGGGCAUAAUUUACAAGCAGCAGCAGAAGUUCAGCAACAGUCUGGAUUGCUUCAAAUACAUCGUCAACGACCCUCCACGCCCUCUCACUGAGGAGGACAUUUGGUUUCAAAUUGGCCACGUUCAUGAGCAACAGAAGGACUUCGAGUCGGCCCAGGCCGCCUACCGACGAGUGCUGGACCGUGACCCCAACCAUGCCAAGGUCUUGCAGCAACUUGGCUGGCUGUACCACCAGCAGAGCACUAGCUAUGCAAGCCAAGAAAAGGCCAUUGAAUACCUUGAGAAGUCGGUUAGCGCAGAUAACACUGACGCACAGAGUUGGUAUCUGCUUGGCCGUUGCUAUAUGUCGCAGGCCAAGUACCCCAAGGCCUACGAAGCCUACCAGCAAGCCGUCUACCGCGAUGGACGGAACCCUACCUUCUGGUGCUCGAUCGGUGUACUCUACUACCAGAUCAACCAGUACCGUGAUGCCUUGGACGCCUACUCUCGGGCUAUCCGUCUGAACCCGUACAUCUCGGAAGUUUGGUAUGAUCUCGGUACUCUGUACGAAUCCUGCAACAACCAAAUUGCCGAUGCUCUCGACGCCUAUGGACGCGCUGCCGAUCUUGAUCCCACAAACGUCCAUAUCAAGGCACGCCUGCAACUGCUCCAGAGCCAGCUUUCUGGUUCCAACCAAAGUAGUGCUCCUCCUCAGCCGCAGGAUGUCCAUCCCCACGCUUACCAGAAUGGUGUUGGUGCUCCUCCGCAAUGGGCUGCGCCGGCUCCAACUGGCGGUCCUCCACCGCAGCCUCCGGCCCCUCCCAGGCAUGUUGCGGAUUGGAACCGCGGUAUUAACGAACUUCAAUCACACGCUCAAGCUCAGGCUCAGGCCCAAGCUCAGGCUGCCCACGCUGCCCAGGCUCAAGCCCAAGCGCAAGCCCAGGCCCAAGCUCAGGCUCAAGCUCAGGCUCAGGCUCAGGCUCAGGCUCAGGCUCAAGCACAAGCCCAGGCACAAGCCCAGGCGCAGGCGCAGGCUCAGGCCCAAGCUGCCAAUGGCUUUGACCACCGUGAAGCUGUCCGUGGCCCGGCGCAGCCUAGCCCGCGUCAGGAGCCCGGCAGGGUGUUCCCCGAUGCCGUCCGCGCCCCAUCUGCCGUUCGUUCUCCCAAGACGACCAUGGCCGGCCCGUAUCAUUUGCCUCAAAUCACCAACGCUCCCGCACCAUCCCACGAACGGGUUCCUAGCGGCUCGGGUGCCUUUGCAUCCGCCACCCGCGGACCCUUGCCCCCUGCUGCUGCUCCCAGCGGUCCUGGUGCGUCUAGCGGUCCUCCUUCGUCUGGUCCCAUGCCUCCGUACCACCGACCGUUCUCGCCAAACCCCGAUAUCCGGCCGAUUCGCGAUGAGCGGCCUUCUUCGCCUGGCUCGACUUAUCCCCACCAAGAUUUCCACUAUGGUCCGAUCCCAGCGGGCGGCAUCGCGGGAGGUGCUCCGCCGCCGGCAUCUGCGAUCGCCGCCGCCGAAGCAGCUGCUCGGGAGCGUGAGGAUCGCCCCGCAUCGGCAAUGAAGCGUAGCAGGGAAUGGGAAGCUGAUACUGGUCCUACCAAGAAGAUCGCCAAUGAAGAGAGCCGUGCUCGUCUCGACGACCAACCCAGCCGUCGUGUCACCCCACCAAACCGCAUGCCGUCCCCCGGCGAGAUGCAGCGCCGUAGCUCAUCAGAAGCUAGACGUGAGGAGCAGCGUCGCGCGAACGAAGAGUACCAUCCAUCCGAAGCCGCCCAUCAUCCCCCGACGCUUCCAUCUAUCCAGCAAAUGCCCCCUCACUCCGGCUCGAGUCUUCCUCCCAUGGCUGAGAGCUCUGCUCCGGCCUCGAACGGAUCUCAGUCGGGACCGCCGUCGGCUCAGGUCAAGGAGGAACCAACUCGCCCCGAACAGCCUCCUACCCAUGAGCCUGCCGCGCGGAAGAUGGACGUGGAUGAAAAUUAUGAUGACGAUGGGGAUGAUGAGAAGCGGGCCAGCACUGCCGCCAAGGGCAGCCCCAACGGUAGCAAUGCCAACGGCAACGGCAACGGAAGACCAGACACUCUCACCACUUCAACGACUAACGACAACAGGGUCACGAUGAGUCACCGGAAGUACGAAGCGCCUCGGCACGGUUCGCUUGCCUUCCUUCCCCGGAAGCGUGCGACCCGUCACCGUGGAAAGGUCAAGAGCUUCCCCAAGGAUGACCCCAAGAAGCCCGUCCACUUGACGGCCUCCAUGGGUUACAAGGCCGGUAUGACCACCGUCGUCCGUGACCUUGACAGACCCGGUGCCAAGAUGCACAAGAAGGAGAUUGUUGAGGCUGCUACCGUCAUCGAGACUCCUCCGCUUGUCGCUGUCGGUGUUGUCGGAUACAUUGAGACUCCCCGUGGUCUCCGCUCGCUCACUACUGUCUGGGCCGAGCAUCUGAGCGACGAGGUCAAGCGCCGCUUCUACAAGAACUGGUACAAGAGCAAGAAGAAGGCUUUCACCAAGUACGCCAAGAAGCACGCCGACAACAGCGGCGCUGCCAUCACCCGCGAGCUCGAGCGCAUCAAGAAGUACUGCACUGUCGUCCGUGUGCUCGCCCACACCCAGAUCCGCAAGACCCCCGUCAAGCAAAAGAAGGCCCACCUCAUGGAGGUCCAGGUCAACGGUGGUGCCGUUGCCGACAAGGUUGACUUCGCCCGCAACCUGUUCGAGAAGCCCAUCGAGAUCGACAGCAUCUUCGAGAAGGACGAGAUGAUCGAUGUCAUCGCCGUCACCAAGGGUCAUGGUUUCCAGGGUGUCACCAGCCGCUGGGGUACCACCAAGCUUCCCCGUAAGACUCACAAGGGUCUGCGUAAGGUCGCCUGUAUUGGUGCCUGGCACCCUAACCACGUCCAGUGGACUGUUGCUCGUGCCGGUCAGAUGGGUUACCACCACCGUACCUCGUGCAACCACAAGGUUUUCCGUGUCGGAAAGGGCUCUGACGAGGGUAACGCCUCGACUGAGUUCGACAUCUCCAAGAAGCAGAUCACUCCGUACGUCCCUCCCCCUUGA